CUUAAUUAUGUGCUAACAAAACAAGAGAGAGUUUUACAAAUAUCAAUAGAUUUUUGCUUACAAUUAUGAGUUGCCUUAAGAAAUGGAAGCCAAUUUUUGCAAUGAUUAUUGUUGAAUUUGCAUUUGCUGCUGUAAAUGCACUUUUCAAGAAAGUCUUAAAUGGAGGACUGGAUCAAUUGGUGGCAUCCACAUAUAGGCUAGCAGUUUCUGCUAUAUUCUUGGCCCCCUUAGCUUGGUACUUCGAAAGAAAUUUGGCAUCAAAAUUAACGGCUCGCAUUAUUUGUUCUCUGUUCUUCAGUGCCCUACUAGGGAGUACACUUACACAAUAUUUCUUCCUAGUUGGGCUUGAAUACACAUCAACAACAUUUAGCUGUGCUUUCCUCAAUAUGGUGCCUGUUAUAACAUUCGUUAUGGCAGUGCUAAUCAGGCAAGAAACUGUAAACAUCAAAUGCAAGAGUGGAAGAGCAAAGCUAUUAGGCACCCUCUUUUGUCUUGGGGGUGCAUUAACGCUCACUUUAUACAAAGGAAUUACAUUGAUAAAUCCAUCAGCAUCAUCAACAAUUGAAACAGAUCACAACAAAAGGAGUUGGCUUCUUGGUUCAAUUUUUUUAUUUGCAGGCUGCUUUGUGUGGUCUGCAUGGUUCUUACUGCAGGCUAGAAUUAGCAAAGACUAUCCUUAUCAGUAUUCAAGCACUGCAAUUAUGUCAUUUUUUGGAUCAAUUCAAUCUGCCAUAUUGAGCUUUAUUAUUAACAGAGAUUUAUCAAAAUGGAUACUCAAAGGAGGUUUAGAGAUCUUAAGUGUCAUAUUCGGUGGUAUGGUGGGAUCAGGUUUCUGCUAUGUUGUAAUGUCAUGGUGUGUAAAUCAAAAAGGAGCAGUUUUCACCUCAGCUUUCAGUCCUUUAAUUCAGAUUUUUGCUGCUGUCUUUGACGUAACUAUACUUCAUGCUCAAAUUCACUUGGGAAGCAUUUUGGGAUCAAUUUUUGUUGUUAUUGGCUUGUAUAUUCUUCUAUGGGCCAAAAGCAAAGAAGCAGAAAUUCGCAAGAAUCCUGAAACAGCAGAGCAGAAUGGACAGAUUGUUCUACCAAUUACUGCCAGUCCACCUCAUAUUGAAGGGCACAAAUAAAUUCCUAUAUGAAGCACUUAAAAAUUGUAAUUGAUAAACAAUCAAUCAAUGUUAUUGUGCAAAAGUUAAUUAUGUUAUGAUGUUCAUGAAAUCUCUGGGAAAUGAAAUAAUUGAAUGUUUUUGAGUCAAAA